UUCGAUUCUUCUUCUUCUUCUUGUUGUCAGUACCAAUUCACAAAUUCCCAAGUUGCUUCUUCCAAUCCUCUCUACUUCAGUCCACUGUUCUUUGCUAGCAUUUUCAACGGCGCCGUUUUAGCCUCCGGUUCUCUCCUUAGUGCCAUAAAAAGCUUUGGUCGCCGUGGAGUUCGCCGUGAGUAGUGAUUGUUAGCUGGGUCGAACGGUGUGAAGGAAUCUUAUCGUUAAGGAUAGCUUAUUCCAUGUCGGACGUGGCACCCAUCGAGGAGGCAGUAAGCGCAUUGUUGGAUUGCUUGGUUGAUCCACUGUUACCUUCGAAGCUAUAUGGAAAGGAUCCUCCUUCACUUGACAAUCAGCAGUCUGUUUCUAGACAGAUGCAUGCUGUUGGGCUACUCUACAACUACUAUUAUAGGAAGCAAGAUCCAGAGUUGUGCUUUUUAGAAUUUGUGCCAUUUUGCAAGUUGGCUUUAACUUUAAAGCCAACUCUAAUGCCUCAUAUGAAGUUUACACUCCAAACCGAUCCUGUUGGGUUGAAUGAUCUGGAAAACCAACUUUCAGUGACAGAGAAAGCAGUCAUGGAUGCCUGCAAUAUCUCAUUGUCUUUAGAUGCACUGAAAGACAUUCCAAGCAUAGAAGGAUGGCCGAUUUCAAAAGUUUCAGUGCUGUUGGUCGACUCAGAAAAGGAGAAUUGUGUGCUGCUAUUUGGUUCUGUUCUCACUAAGUCUCUUUCAAUUUCAUGGGAUUCUGCCAAUCCCUUUUUUAGUUUCAUGGCUUCUGUCAAUCUCAAGGGGGUGUCAAAUCAGUUCUCAUAUCAUUGUUUCGUUGCUACUGGACUCUGGCUGCUGGCAGUGAGGAAAGAAAUAAAGAAAGAUUAUAGGUUAGAGAAGCAAGAGUUGAAGAGAAGAGCCAGCAGUGGUGACUGCUUUGUUGGCAAAUAG